AUGCAGGCACAGUUGGCGUGUAUGCUUCUCCUCUGUUUCACAUGUGGUGCAUUUUGUACAGAUGUCAACCAGGAGCAGCGAGCACUGGAAGAGGAGCUACUCAGCAGUCUGUUCACUUCUAAGAUGAAACACAAUAAGCAGAGUGCCCCCUACUGGCGUGUGUCGCUGGCCAACCUGUGUAGGAUGGCCAACAGCCUACGGCAGGAGGCGUGGAGUGGAGAGGAAGAGGAGGAAGGCGAACUGAGGGAGGGAAGCCUGCAACUGCUGGAGCAGCUGUACAGCCUGCAACACAUCUGUCGAGCUCUGCAGAGCCGCGAGGAGAGGCUACUCCAGGACUCUCUAGAAUAUUCAGAGGAGAACAGUGACACUCCGCUGAAACGAAAAUCACCCUACAUACUGAAGAGGCAAGUCGGGCACACGACCAAGUCCCGGAGGCCGUACAUCUUAAAACGAAAUACGAUUUACUGA